AUGGCGGAACGAGUGCAUACGCUGGUUACCAAACCGCUCAUCAUCGUCUCUGUUAUUAUCCCGCUCUUAUCUCUUGGUGCAAUUUACCUUCGAUUCAAAUCUCGAAAGAUGGCUCAGAUGCUACUUCAAGCGGACGACUGGUGGAUUAUAGCUUCCUGGAUUUUCGCUCUCUCGCUUAGCAUAAACUCAUGGGUGUUCGGAGCGAUUGCAGGCAUUGAUUAUUAUAAAAUCGACCCAGCAAUUGGCACGACGGACUCAUUGAAGUGCAUUUUGAUCUCGUCGUGUCUUGUUCAACCCGCUCUAACGGUCGUGAAAAUCGCUAUUCUAUUGUUUUAUAAGAGGGUUUUCAGUAGUAACGAUAGGUUCAGAGUCGCUGUGUGGAUUGCUAUUGUAAUUGUUAGCUGUUGGGGUAUUCUAUUCUUCUUCCUGGUCCUGCUUGAGACCGAUCCGGUAUCCGGGUCGUGGACCGGGAAGGGCCACGCACGAUUCAGUCCGACACCCUUAGCUCUCGCUCAAGUCGGAACAAGCAUAGGCCUCGAUGUUGCUGUCCUUUGUCUUCCGUUGCCAGUUAUUUACAGGCUCCACAUGCCUACUAGGAAAAAGAUUUUCGUCGGCUUGAUUUUCUGGCUUGGUGCCUUCUGCUGUGUUGCCGCCAUUGUUCGCCUGGUACUUGUAUCGCAGUCCCUUAACCAAGUCCAUAAGUCCCGAAGUGCAGUGUACACACAAUCGGUCCAGUUUGUUUUCAUGAUACUUGAGCCUAAUUGCUCUAUCAUUGCCGCUUGUUUGCCAUGUUACGGGCCCUUAGUGGCGGGUGGUAGGGCGCCCGAAUCGAUCGUUCGUAGCGUACGAUCUGCCUUCUCUCUAAGAUCCUUCAGAAGCAGGCGCUCGGGAUCUUCUUCGGAUAAAAAUCACACAGCACUGGAUUCCGGUGCUCACCAGGGGCCAAAGGAUGACUCUCUACUUCAACUUAACGAACGAAGCAACGACUGGCCUCAAACUCACCACGAUACACAAGUGCUUGCCGCUAAUGACAAGGACGAGCCACAAACCUUUACUUCCGAUAGGGUGAUUAAUGUCACUAGAGGUGUUGACGUAGAACGAGGUUAA